AAGGAGAGUAGUUUUCUUUCUCAGCUUUUCCCGACCUCUGUCUUCAUUGGUUCCUUGCGAAAAAUCGCUUACAUUUCUUACAGUAUCAAACGGAGCUCGCAAAAUCGCGAUAAAGAAAACAGUCAAUUUUUCUGUAGAUUAAACAAAAGGAAAAUUUCUUCUUAGCAUCUCCAUUUAAUGAAAUUACGCUGAUUUUGUGGCUGGUUUUCUGCUAUUUUUUCUCCCAUUUCUAGCUCUGCUCCCCCCAACAAGGUUAGUAAAAUGCCCCGGCCUCUGCAUCGAGGUGUAUCUGGUAUACGGGUCUCAGGCAACAGCAAUGAUUUUUGGGAUGCCGAAGUGAAAGAUAACACAGAGAAGGAAGAUUUGGAUAGAAAUCAUUCUUCUAGUCAGAGCUUUUUGUCCCUCAGGUCUCCUUUUCGGUUUUUUUUUCAAGAUAAUUCUCCAUCCAAAUAUGGUGUCACUGAGAAUGGUUUUACAGCUGAUCCCUUCGGUGGUGGGACUCCAAGAAGCCGGCAUAGGUUAACAAUGCUGUUUUUGAAGUUAAGUUUAGUUGUGAUCGUGAUUCUUGCUCUUACUGGAUCAUUUUGGUGGACCAUCUCCAUUUCAACAUCAUCUAGGGGUCAUAUAUUUCGUGGUUAUAGGCGACUUCAAGAGCAGCUUGUUUCUGAUUUGUGGGAUAUAGGGGAACUUUCUCUUGGUCCUUCACGGUUGAAAGAAAUAGAAUUCUGUUCUGAGGAGUUUGAGAACUAUAUUCCUUGCUUUAAUGUUUCUGAGAACGUUGCUUUGGGUUAUUCUGAUGGUAAUGAGUAUGACCGACUAUGUGGGCAUGGGUCAAGGAAAAGUUGUUUAGUUCUUCCACCUGUGAACUAUAAAAUUCCUCUUAGGUGGCCAACUGGGAAAGAGGUCAUCUGGGUUGCUAAUGUUAAAAUUACUGGUCAAGAGGUAUUUUCCUCUGGCAGUUUAACCAAGAGGAUGAUGAUGCUGGAGGAAGAUCAGAUUUCUUUCCGUUCAGCAUCACUUAUGUUUGAUGGCGUGGAAGAUUAUUCUCAUCAGAUUGCUGAAAUGAUUGGACUGAGAAAUGAAUCUAACUUGAUACAAGCUGGGGUACGAACCAUCUUGGAUAUAGGAUGUGGUUAUGGUAGCUUUGGAGCUCAUCUUUUUUCCAAACAGCUCUUAACGAUGUGUAUUGCGAACUAUGAGUCCUCAGGCAGCCAAGUUCAACUCACUCUCGAAAGGGGCCUUCCUGCAAUGAUUGGUUCUUUUAAUUCGAAACAGUUACCAUAUCCAUCUCUUUCAUUUGAUAUGCUGCAUUGUGCACGUUGCGGUGUUGACUGGGAUAAAAAAGAUGGUAUUUUCUUGAUUGAAGCUGAUAGAGUUCUAAAACCGGGUGGAUACUUUGUGUGGACUUCACCUCUUACCAACGUUCAUACUUUUCUUCGGGACAAAGAGAAGCAGAAAAGGUGGAAUUUUGUUCGUGAUUUUGCAGAAAAUCUCUGCUGGGAGUUGAUAUCACAACAAGAUGAAACUGUUGUAUGGAAAAAGACCAAUAAGAAGAGUUGCUACAGCUCCCGGAAGCCUGGUUCUUUUCCUCCUAUAUGUAGCAAAGGACAAGAUGUUGAAUCUCCAUAUUAUCGACCUCUUCAAAACUGUAUAGGUGGAACAAAUAGCCGCCAAUGGGUUCCUAUUGAGGAGGGGGCAACAUGGCCUUUCAGGUCUAAUUUGAACAAGAAUGAACUAGAACUAUACGGUCUACACUCGGAAGAACUUGUUGUAGAUACCGCAAACUACAAAACAGCUGUUCGUAAUUAUUGGUCCCUUCUGUCCCCCCUAAUAUUCUCAGAUCAUCCAAAGAGACCAGGUGACGAGGAUCCUUCUCCACCUUAUAACAUGUUCAGGAAUGUGCUAGACAUGAAUGCUCGCUAUGGUGGUUUUAAUGCUGCAUUACUGGAAGCAGGGAAGUCUGUCUGGGUCAUGAACGUAGUCCCAACAACUGGCCCCAACUACCUUCCCCUGGUUCUUGACAGGGGAUAUAUCGGUGUAUUCCACAAUUGGUGUGAAGCAUUUCCAACAUAUCCCAGAACUUAUGAUAUGGUGCAUGCUGAUGGACUUCUAUCCCUUGAGACUAGUCAAUAUCGCAGGUGCACCAUGCUUGAUCUUUUAACGGAAAUAGACAGGUUGCUUCGUCCAGAGGGUUGGGUAAUAAUUCAUGAUAAGGCUCCUCUUAUCGAAUCAGCUAGAGCUCUAACUGUGCAGUUGAAGUGGGAUGCCAGAGUCGUAGAAAUCGAAAGCAACAGUGAUGAGAGACUCCUAAUCUGUCAGAAACCAUUCUUUAAGAGACAAGCAACAAGCUAAGAACAAUAUCUGGAGAAGAAGCCCCAAAAUUUUUCAAGUCUUGGUAUUCAAAUUCAUUUUGUGCAUUUUGAACAGAAAGAAAGAAGAAAGCAGCAAAGAUAGUUGAUGAAAAACAAAAAUGAAAGCCGCAAGGCAUGGAUAGGGUCUUGUAAUUAAUCGAAACAGAGGCGCCAUUGCAAGUGAAAAACGUAUAGCUUAGGUUUAAAAUUUUCAUGUUCUUUGUUUCAUUAUUACUAUACAAAAUACAUGAUUUAAGGUUGUGCAAAAAAGGUUACAGGUUAAGCUUCUAGCUGUGCAGCAUAGAGAAAAGAGAAGAGAAUGAAUUGGAGAGAAUGAAAAAGAAAAGAAAGAAUUGCUUGUAAGUGCAUUUAUGAUGAAAAUUUAUAAUUCAUGUUAUGAUUUUCUUCGAAACCAAUAUGGUGGAUGGUGCUAUUGAUCUGAAUUGAAUUGAGAACUCAAGUGAAUCGUUUUCCUUUGGA